GGCCCGGCUCGGGAACAGUUGCUCGCGGAACACAUGAUUCGCACGCGCGCGCUAGCAAGUAGCCUAGUCUAGCGGAGCAGCACGGUCCAUGCCUGUCACCUCUGGUACUCUAUAUCCUUCUCCUCUUCGCCUAGUGUCCUUUCUACCUUUUCCCCCUUCCCCCUCGCUUCAUUUUCCCCUCAUAUUCGACUUUGGCGCAGCGGAUGACCUCUGCGCGACGGUCUUUGGAGAGCACCAGCGGGAUGACCGUUCCUAUCCCCUCUCAGUCCGAGCCGCGUAUGUCGGGGGGAGUCAGGAAACUGAGGUCCUGGGGGUUAUAUGAGUCGCCCGCGGUGUCUUCUAGCUCUCCAGGAUCGGACUGCGUGUCUCCCUCGACUAAUACGCGUGGCGGGGACGUCGAGGGUCACGAUUCGGCAAUGACCGUCGACCCUGGUUCGCACGACGUUCGCCGAGGCUGGUCCCCCUCGAGAGAUCAGUCUAGAGACGCGUCGCCCCCUGGCGCGCCACAUUCUCCGACCAUCAGUUCGGCUCGUAGACCGACUCAGGGCGAACUGGCGAGGGAACAGAAAUUGCGGACGGAUCCCAUGGUCAUCGUGCACAGCCCGCAAUUCGUGGAAUGCGUUCGGUGCGGCAGUACGAUCAAGCUAUCGAUGAAGAGCGCGUUCGACCCUGCGCAUUGGCAAAAACACAGGGAACGUUGCAACAAGCGACCUGAUAACGUUGUCCAAGAAAUGCGGGCGAAUGCUCCGGUAAGAAAUCUGGCCAGUGAUGCGCCACCCUCGAUUACCUCACGUGAGUCGCAGCAGCAGCCCUCCUUCCCCUCCGAAGUCAAGAUUGCCAGCGCUGUGAAGCGGCACAUAACGCCGUCCUCGAGCCCGCUGCCACCCUUAACUCCGGACGAGGACGACAGCAUGUCACGCGUGAGUUCCUCCAAGGAAGAAUCAGAGCCCGAGGUGGAGUCACUCACCGCCCCCGCCAUAAUCAUCCAUGAACCGAGUGCGGAGUUUGAGGAGUAUCUCAUCCGGUCGCAGCGGCGUCCGACACGAGAGCUGUCCCCUCUUCUCGGCAACUGGCAAGAAUGGGAUUGGUCCCAUCUCAAGGCACCUGUCUGGUCGACCGAACCGCUUCUGGACUGUUCCGACAAGGUUUGCGACGGGGGUCGGAGGGAUCUUCUCGCACCCGGGACGCCAGAUCAUCCCUUUGCCCGCUUGUUCCCCGUGAAGCCGGAAGACGAAGAUUGCUAGAGGAUCUAUCUACACGCUACUAUAUACCUCAGCUGUACAGUUACUUGUAGCAUAUCCGCACAUAGCCUCUUGUUUACACACCGUUAUAUCGCUCGUCCCCACUGCACGCACUUC